CGUAAACGUAGCUCUCAAAUCUCAUAUUCAUCGUUUUCGUAUGAACUUUUGUAGCCCAAACAACCUUCCUUUCCUUCCACAAGUUUCAUAAUAUCUCUUAUAUAACCCAUAUCUCCAAGCCUCUCGAAAUGUUCUUCUCCGUUAAAUCUAACGGUCAUGUCAACUACAACAAUCGUCCCUCUCCGUCGCAGUUCUAACUCUCUCAAUGAAUACCACACUAACGCAGUCGCCUUUGACGGAAUCGUCGGGUCAACAAGUACUAGCCAAAUGGAGGAGAUUGUUACGCAAACCGACGACUGCUACGCCAAUCACAACGGAGAUGGAGGGAGAAGCAAGGCAUCGUUUAUGACGUGGAGGAUGUGCAAUCCUGUCCAGGUGGCGAGAGUCCAUUGGAUACCGUGUUUGCUAGCGGUAGGAGUUCUGUUCUUCACGGGCGUAGAGGAGUACAUGCUCCAGAUGAUUCCGGCGAGUUCUGAGCCGUUCGAUAUUGGUUUUGUGGCGACGCGCUCUCUGUAUCGACUCUUGGCUUCUUCACCGGAUCUUAAUACCGUUUUAGCUGCUCUCAACACGGUGUUUGUAGGGAUGCAAACGACGUAUAUUUUAUGGACAUGGUUGGUGGAAGGACGACCACGAGCGACCAUCUCGGCUUGCUUCAUGUUUACUUGUCGUGGCAUUCUUGGUUACUCUACUCAGCUCCCUCUUCCUCAGGAUUUUCUAGGAUCAGGGGUAGAUUUUCCGGUAGGAAACGUCUCGUUCUUCCUCUUCUACUCAGGCCAUGUCGCAGGGUCGACGAUAGCAUCCUUGGAUAUGAGGAGAAUGAAGAGGUUGAGACUAGCCUUGCUUUUUGACAUCCUCAAUGUAUUACAAUCGAUCAGGCUUCUCGGGACGAGAGGACAAUACACGAUCGAUCUCGCUGUCGGAGUUGGCGCUGGGGUUCUCUUUGACUCACUGGCUGGAAAAUACGAAGAGAUGAUGAGCAAGAGACGCAAUGUAGGCAAUGGUUUUAGUUUGAUUUCGUCUCGCUAGUUAUUAAUUUUUGUUUUUUUUUUUAUGUUUUUAGUCUGGACAUAUUUAAUUUAGUUGAAAUCUAAUGACUUAAAUUUGCUUUC